AUGGAGUUCCGAGGACUUUGGGAAGAGGCGUAUGAAAAGCUUCGAAAGGAUGAGGGCAAGUUGAUUGAAAAAUACGAGAAGUAUCUAUUGGCAUCAAAAAAUAACGACCAAUCGGAAAAGACGGGCGAGCAUUGGGCACAAGUGCGGUUUGAAAUCCGAGACCUUGCCGACCAGAAAAUCAAGGAGAUAGGAGACAAGCAGGUCCUGCUGAGGGUGGGGGGCGAGAUGGAGGUUGCGAAAGCUGCCGGCCGAGACGUCGCGCAGCGGAUAGUCCACGGUAUUAUGAGGACCAAAGAUGUUAUCUCGGCUGCAAUAGUUAACGAACCUCAUGCUGCGUUGGUCUGGGCUGGAGUCCUCGUAGUCUUGCCGGUGCUUUUGAACCUUGUUCUGCAAGAUGAGAAAGCUAUUCAAGGAUUGAACACGAUCUCGGAGCUGGUCAUACGCUGCCAUUAUAUGGAAGAGUCACUUUUCAAGUAUGUACGCAUCUCAACCCGAGAAUCUCUUAUGCUGAUUCCUUAA